GCAUUUUCUUGACAGAAUCCACUACACAAAAGUAUUUAACAAAAUCAAUGUAUCCAUUCAACGAUUCAAUGAAGAUGAUGAAUCGAAGAUACACUGUACUCCUUUCAGUAUUUAUCUGUCAGGUUUAUACCAUGCUGGCUCAGGACUGUCCCAGUAAGCAAGACCUACAGAACUCAAUUCAACAGGCUCAGAAACUGCUUUCAUCACAGGAAGCUUCAUACAUGCAGAGUCUUCGUACUUUGAGGAAGAAACUCAACCUACUGCAUGACAGAGUCACACGUCUGCCCAAUAAACCAAAGAACUUCACUUGCCCUAACCUGGACACUCCUGUUAAUGGCAGAAAGCUGGGGAAAACUCUGUUCCCUGGCCAUGAAGUGCACUUCCUCUGUGACGUGGGCUAUGAGCUGGUGGGCUCAGAGACGCGACAGUGUAAAGACUCACUCAGCUGGAGCGGUCAGCAGCCUGUCUGCAAAGAUAUCGACGAGUGUCUUUCAUCACCUUGUGCCAACGGAGGAACUUGUACAGAUGAAGUCAAUGGAUUCAGCUGUUUCUGUGCCAAGGGCUGGGCUGGACCUACCUGCCAGUCUCCAACACCGACAUUUUUUGUCAAUAUAAUGAACACGUCACCUGUCGUUGGCGGCGGAGCUGCGGCGGCCUCCUCCUUUCCUCUGACCCACACAUCUGCUUUCCUCCGUCAGCCGAAAUGCAGCCAGGUUCAGGGCACGACCCACUGCACCUGUGAGCCGGGGUUCACCAUCUCCGGCCGCGAGAACAGCGUCUGCACAGACAUUGAUGAGUGUAAACUGUUCCACACUGGGCAGGCGGGCCGUUUGUGUUUACACGCGUGUGUUAACACUGCUGGCGGCUACCGAUGCACCUGCCCUGUCGGUUACAACGUGACCCGUGAUGGCCGGAACUGCAAAGAUAUUGACGAGUGUGGAUCCAGGCAGAACAACUGCACGCGCGACCAGCUCUGCAUCAACACCUACGGGGGUUUUCAGUGCGUUAAAGUGGAGUGUCCACAGAUACGGAACGCCACCUAUGUUAAAACCUCUCCAACGCGCUGUGAGAGGAACCCCUGCCCCACGGACAGCCGGCCUUGCUCUCGGGCGCCGAACUCUGUGUCCUACCAUCACAUGUCUGUGGUGUCCAACCUCUCUGCUCCGCGGGUCAUAUUCCGCGUGUCGGCGGUGAGAAUGAUAGGAGACACGCUUCGGUUUGCAUUACUGGGAGGCCGCGGUCGACGCUAUUUUACUGUGCAGCGCUCCGAUCGUCAGACGGGCGAACUGCUGCUGACCAGUCCGGUACAGGGUCCCGCCACACUGGACAUAGAGGUGGAGAUGAGCGAACUGGAGAGGAGAGAACUGCUGGGGCGUUACAUAACCAAAAUUACAAUUUUUGUCUCACCAUAUGAGUUUUAGAGUUUGGUUAAAGAAUUAAUAUCAACAAGAAAUCUGGCAUCCUUGCAUUUGUUCUUCACCAAACAAAUGUCCCAAAAGAAGUAUCAAGCUUUGUUUGUCAUCAUACGACACAGAGAUUGAAACAGAGUAUGUGAGAAGAGAGUUUCUCACAGCAUUUUGUGGUCAGUUUCACUCUGCACCGCUCACACUGCUUGACCAAUCAAAUCAGAGGAUCAGAACCAGCAACAAUCACUGGUACAGUCAUAACCUAUUUUUACUUUGCUUAAAGCCAAACGUGUGUCUGUAGUUGGACAUAUAAUAAUGAAUAUAGUUGUGUCAUACAACAUAAUUAAUAUAAGUGGGACCAUAAUCCUCUGUAGUCUGUGUUGUAGUUUGAGUCAUUGAGAGAGCAGUCCUCUAAACUGAGCUAAUAUUUAUUUUUAGCCAUUAGACCAAUAAAUGAUAAGUAUCUUCCUAUAGAUGUACCUUUUCAUUUUAAUGCUUGCAUCUUUUUGUCAUUAAUCAUGUUCAUGUCUUCAGGGCUGUCCACAGAUUAAAGUAAUAAAAAUUUGGAAUUUGCUCAAAGUUGCCUCUGAAUUAUAUUGUACUCACGCAGUUAAUCUUGGCCAUCUAAAAAUGUAGGUGGAAAGCAGGAAAUU